GACCUGGAGGAGGUGCUCAAGAGUGAGCUGAGUGGAAACUUUGAGAAGACAGCCUUGGCCCUUCUGGACCGUCCCAACGAGUAUGCUGCCCGCCAGCUGCAGAAGGCUAUAAAGGGUCUGGGCACAGAUGAGGCCGUGCUCAUCGAGAUCCUGUGCACAAGAAGCAAUAAGGAAAUCAUUGCCAUCAAAGAAGCCUACCAAAGGCUAUUUGACAGGAGCCUUGAAUCAGAUGUCAAAGGUGAUACAAGUGGAAACCUAAGAAAGAUUCUGGUGUCCCUGCUACAGGCUAAUCGUGAUGAAGAAGAUGAAGUGGACAAAGAUCUGGCUGGUCAGGAUGCCAAAGAUCUGUAUGAUGCAGGGGAAGGCCGUUGGGGCACUGAUGAGCUUGCCUUCAAUGAAGUCUUGGCCAAGAGGAGCCACAAGCAGUUGCGAGCCACCUUUCAAGCCUAUCAAAUUCUCAUCGGCAAAGACAUAGAAGAAGCCAUUGAAGAAGAGACAUCAGGAGACUUGCAGAAGGCCUAUUUAACUCUCGUGAGAUGUGCCCGUGACCGUGAGGGCUAUUUUGCCGAUCGUCUGUACAAGUCCAUGAAGGGUGUGGGGACAGAUGAAGAGACAUUAAUUCGCAUCAUUGUGACAAGGGCUGAGGUGGACCUGCAAGGGAUAAAAGCCAAGUUUCAUGAGAAGUAUCAAAAGCCCCUCUCUGACAUGGUUCACUCAGACACCUCUGGGGACUUCCGAAAACUACUGGUGGCCCUCUUGCACUGAGACAAGCUGGAGCAACAAGACCACAGGGAGAAACCAACUUUAUCAAGAGCACAUUCCAAAUCAGCCUUGCAAAUGGGACUCUAGCAUGAAAACCCUGCAAGUCCUGGCUUAUUUUCUUGGCAGCUUAAGUGAUGCAGCAAGGCCCAGCUGUUUAACUUAAGGGCAGCAGCCUCAAGAUUCUUCGGCAGG